CAGCAAAGUUCCCUAGGCUGCGGAAAUGGCGGCGGGGAGUAGCCAGGCGUUGGAGACCCCGCUGGUUCAGUGUGACUUCUGUUAGCUGCAUUGAGCAACUGAACCAUAUUUGGGAACUGCUCCUUCUUCAGUUUGGUAAACAUGAAGGGAUGAAAACAUCUGAAUGACAUGCUGCUCAGUGGGCUCCUGGAACUCUGAGCUUGGAUGCUUCGUGCUUGGAAUGAAAACCCAGAGGAAGAUAGUUGAUGGCAGAACUACUGACAAUGAAACCAGUGGAAUCAGUGAUCUUCAGUGAUGUAACUAUCAACUUUACCAAGGAAGAGUGGGCCAUGCUGGACACAAACCAGAAAAAGAUGUUCAGAGAUGUUAUGCUGGAGAAUAUUAAUCAUCUGAUGUUCGUGGGGUAUCAGGUCUGCAUAUCAGAAGUGCAUUCACAGUCAGAACAAGGAGAACUGUGGAGGGAAGGAUUAAGUUUUCUCCAAGUACAGAGUCCAGACAGGGAAAAUGACCAUAGAAAAGAAGAAAUGAUAAACAUGCAACAUAUCUCUAAGAAGGACACAUCUACCAACCAGACAAAGGAAAUUUCUCACACUGAAGAGGAUCCCCUUGAAAGUAAUGAUUUGGGAGAAUAUUUCACUCACCCCACAAUGACUGACAUGGGAAAGAAACCCAAUGUAAACAAACAAUUUCAAAGAAUCCUCAAUUAUCCUUCAUUCAUUGGUCAAAAUAAGAAAAUUCAAACUGGAUGUAAGUCAUUUAACUGUCAUCUAUGUGGCAAAGUCUUCAGAAGUAGUUCUUGCCUUAUACAACUUGAGAAAAUACACACUGGAGAAAAGCCAUAUGGCUACCAUCUAUGUGGGAAAGACUUCACUGGUCUUUCUACCCUCAGAAAACCCAAAAGAAUUCACACAGAGGAGAAACUGUAUGUCUGCAGUAUGUGUGGGAAAUCCUUCAGUCUUUGUGCUACCCUUAGGAAACAUGAAAGAAUUCAUACUGGAGGGAAACCCAAUAUCUGCAAUAUAUGUGGGAAAUCCAUCAGUCAUUUUGGUAACCUUAGCUUCCUGCAGUGCUCCUGCAGGAGUGCUUCUUUCUCUACCUGUGCCUGGAAAAUGGAAGGAGUUGUGCACAUCAGCCACCCAGAGAGAAGCCAGCAUUUCCACCUGCCUGCUGCUUGA